AUGGCCUCCGCAGCCGAAGCCCAGCUGGCUCGAGUCGAUGAAGCAACCCUGGUGCGCGUGCGUCAACUCAUGCACGCCGUACGGGUACCGUCGUACAGUGACAAGGUGUACAAGGACGAGUGUAUGUUCACGUACGACUCUCCCGAGUCCCCUGGCGGACUGUACGUCAACCUCAGCACAUUUCAGGGCUUUGGUGAGGAGAUGGUGGCCCUAGAUCAGCAGCGCACCGGGGCCGGACUCUAUCUGCACCUGCGCUACAAAAGGGCCGCUGGUCAGCUGCUGCUCAAUGCGCCUACUUUCCGACUGGACAAGCGGCAGUCGCUGGUGGUGAUGGCACAGGGCGGGAAAGAGCGGCUGGAGGUGCCGUUGCCCUGCCCCGACCUCCCCGAGCGGGUGCUGCAGUCCAUUGACGGCGUGCAGCGCCACGAGAGUGUGACCGCUGCGGAUGCGGUGGCGGUGUUUGAGGAACCCCGCCGGGUUAGCAAGUACGCAGCGGGUUUGGAGCAGCUCAACACCGGCAGGAAGAUCAGCCCCAACCCCGCCGACUGGCGCUGCGACGAGACGGGCGCCAAAGAGAAUCUCUGGCUCAACCUGUCCACUGGCUUCAUCGGCUCCGGACGGAAGAACUGGGACGGCAGUGGCGGCAACGGCGCUGCGUUGCGCCAUUUCGAGGCCACCGGUCGCCGGUACCCCCUGGUGGUCAAGUUGGGCACCAUCACGCCUCACUCGGCUGACGUGUACAGCUACGCACCCGACGAGGAUGACAUGGUCACCGACCCGCACCUGGCGCAACACCUGGCGUACUGGGGCAUUGAUAUCAUGCAGAUGGAGAAGACCGAGAAGACAAUGUCGGAGCUGCAAGCUGACCUGAACACCAACUACGAGUUCAGCCGCAUCACAGAGGCGGGCGCGGAGCUGCAGCCGCUGUCGGGACCGCGACUGACAGGCCUUAUCAACUUGGGUAAUUCGUGCUACAUGAACAGCGUGCUGCAGUUGCUGUUCACGCUGCCGGAGGUGGCGGCUCGGUACGCGGGGGCCGCCCAGAGGAUCCUUUCCUCCGCACCCUCCGACCCCGCCUCUGACUUGCCCACCCAGCUGGCGAAGUUGGGAGUGGCGCUGGUGCAGGGCCGCACCGGGCACUGCAUGGAUCCGCAGCCGCAAGCGACGACGACGCAGCACCCGGAGGUGGCCGCAGCGGCCGGCGAUGGAGAGGCAGCUAUGGAGGUGGAUAGCGAGUCCGAGCUGGUGCCACUGCCCGACGACGAGCGGUGUCAUGCGGUGCGCCCGCUGGCCUUCAAGUCGGUGGUGGGUCGGGGUCAUCCGGAAUUUUCUACAGGCCGACAGCAGGAUGCGGCCGAGUACUUCACACACCUCAUGGAACUGCCUCAUGAGCCGCUGGUAUCCCGAGCGGAGCACGCCCAGGGGGAGCGACUGGGCGUCACCUCGGUUGCAGCGGCCGGCAGUGGCGGCGCCGCUGCGGGCUCCGGCGCGCUUCCUCUUCCCGCCUGCUUCCGCCUGGGCUUGGAGGACCGGCUCCAGUGCAGUGAGAGCGGCGCAGUGCCCCUGGAAGCGGCUGUGAACUCUGAGGCGGUGGCGGAAUACCGUGACCGACAGGCCAAGCGGCAGAGACUGAAGGAGCAGCAGGCGCAGGCGUACAUUGGUGCUGCGCCCGAGGGCGGCGAGGCGGCAGCAGCCGAUGGCAGCGGCGGUGCCGUCGCCACCGCCGGCGGUGAUGCUGCCGUCGGCAAGGCCGGCGCGCCCCAGGUGUCGGGUCCCGGCAGCGGCGGUCUGGUGGUGGUUGCGGAUGCGGCGGAGGAGGCGGUGCUGCCCCGGGUGCCCUUCGAUGCCUGCCUGCAGCGCUUCAGCGGCACGGAGGCGAAGCUCCCCCGUCCAACAAUCCCCCCGAAGUUGUGGCCCAGUGGUUACCCGUCUUACCUCCGUAAGUUGGUGGACGACUACCGUAGCGCCGCGCUGGGAGGCAAGCGCACCACCGCCACCAAGCGCACCCGGUUCGCCAGCUUCCCGCCGUACCUGCUGGUGCAGAUCAACAGAUACUUUCAGGAUACGGAUUGGACGCUAAAGAAGAUGGAGGUGCUGGUGGACGUGCCCGACCACCUGGACCUGGAGCCUCUGCGGGCCACUGGGCCCCAUCCCGGAGAGCGCAUGCAGCCUGCGGAGCCGGAAGAACAGCAACAACAGCAGCAACAACAGCACGUCGCCGUCGCCGUGAAUCAAGGCGGCGGUGGGGCCGCGGCGCAGCAGCCGCAGCCGCAGCCGGACGAGGCGCUGGUUUCGGCGCUGGUGGACAUGGGUUUCGAAGCCAACGCCUGCCGGCGCGCGGCUGUGGCUGUUUCCAACAGCGGCGCGGAGGCGGCCAUGGAGUGGCUCCUGAUCCACUUGGACGACCCCGAUAUCAACGACCCGCUGCCGGAGCCGACGCAAGCUGGUGGCGCUGGUGGCGGUGCCCCGGCAGCGGCCCCCGCGGACCCGGAGAAGACUUCGCAGCUGACGGCGAUGGGCUUCUCAGAAACACACGCUGCGGCGGCGCUGCAGGCCUGCAAUGGCUCCCUGGAGCGUGCUGCUGACUGGCUGUUCAACCACAUGGACGAUCUGGAUGCAGCAGUUGCGAAGGUGCUUUCCGCUGGCGGCAGCGGCGGCGACGGUGGCGGCGGCACCGCGGCCCCACCGACUGCGACAGCGGCCGCAGCGCCCAGCGGCGGCUCUUCCCCCGCCGGCCAGCUGCUUGACGGUCCGGGCCGCUACGAGCUGGUGGGCUUCAUCUCUCAUAUGGGCUCCAACCUGGCGUGUGGUCACUACGUAGCUCACAUCAAGAAGGACGGCAGGUGGGUCAUUUUCAACGAUGAGAAGGUCGCGGUUUCGGAGAAACCCCCGCGCGACCUGGGCUACCUGUACCUCUUCAGGCGGAUUGAGCAGUAG